ACCCGUGGCUGCUUGCAGAAAUUGACACUUUGACACUUGCUGGCAUUUUAUUUACGUAUAUUCUGUUAUCGUUGCUAGCAGCGGAGUGACUUGGCCAGAGCUCUAGUAACUGUUGGUUGGUUUCCUGUGAGAUGUGAUCCUUUUAAUUUGGAGCGUUGGAAAGUUGGACAGUGUCGUUUACGAGAUUCAGCAAGUAAGGCUACUGACGCACAUUAUAGCGGCAAGCCUAGACAAAGGUGGAGUUUGAAACGAACAUGCUGCCGGGUUAAAGACUGCGUUCCCAUCGGGAACUCUUCUGAAAUGGCUGCUAUGUUGCUGAAGGAAGUUUGCAUUGAGGUGCGUCGGAAACUUCAAUGUGCAAACGUCUACUUGACUUUCGACAAGAACUUCUCAGAAUGCCAAAGUGCAGUUAAAAUAAUCCUGAAAUCCAAUGAGAUAACAAUUAAAUAUGACGGCCAAACUGCUGUCAUCAGUUUGUUGACUUUCUUCAGCAUCGAUCAACGUUCGAUCAGCUCAUUAGUGAUAGAAGGAAACAAUGUGAGUUUCCGAGUAAUACUCGCGAACGAAACGGGCAGCUUGGAUCUAUUGUUCGACGACGACGAGCCGGAAGAGUAUAAAAUAAUCAACGCACCCAAAGAUGACAUCAAAGUUACCAUGAAGAAGGACCAACUCUAUCAACUGAAAUGUUCAAAUUGCGAGAAUACCCUCCUGAACGAACGCAAGUGUUUCUCGCGAGUUCUCGAGCUACCAUCCGAAUUCAUUGGAAUGUCGGAGUGGUUUUGCCAUAAACACGAUCAUGUCGAGCAUGAUCUGACUCCCAAAGCAGAUGACGUAUUUUUCGGACUAUAUUUUAUAGUAAUUAAUUUUACAAAUAUUUGUAACGUAAUAGAUAGGGAUCAAUUUAUUUAUUGCAAACGCUGCCUAAAGUUCCUGGGCGAGAAAGUGUAUCGCGACAAGGCAGUAAAGAUAUGGAAUGAUAGCACUUGCCUCGAUGACAAUGGUACUAGUCAGCAGCUUUUCGCGGGAAAUGACGCCGAAUGCAUUCACAAUAUAAUCAACAAAAUUUUGACUGAAAACUUGUUAACUUCAAAAUUGUACUCAAUGCAAUUUGUUAAAAUUUUGUUUGAAGCAACAUUUCCAAAUCGCAAACGGAAUUUCUUGAUGUUGAACAUAUUAGAACGUAAUUUGGAGAUUUUGGCAAACUUUCAUGUAAAUAAUGGGGAAGAGAUAAGCCUUGAAAGCAAAAAAUCGCUAAAAGUGCUUUUUAAAGCUGAAAAUAGUGCCGACCAACCAUUGGUAACCUUUUGGAAGAACGAUUUCAAUGUGCAAAAUGUAACGGUCUCGCAUAAAAUGUUUACCGAAUUUGUUAGGCUACUGCAGAGCAACGCGAAGCUAGUACCAGAGAUUUAUAGAUAUAAUAACGGAUUCAUGUUAAGUUAUUUCUUCCUCCAAAGCUGUGAACAAUAGUAAAGUACACUCUAAUGAGUAUGUAAAAAGUCGAAAGAAAUUACAAAUAAAGCAAGCAAAUUACACUCUGA